AUGUCCAGCAGAAGAGUCCCUCUCGGAAAUGUUCCUAACGCUGCUAAUUCGCCCUUCCGUUCUGUAGCCGCUGCAACAUCCAAACGCUCAAGAGAACAAGUUGAAGCCCAAGACGACCUUCCCUACGACUUACAACCUCGAGCAAAGAGACAAGCUUUAGAAGAUGGCCGGACGAAUCUACGGACCUCUCCUAGAAAGCAGACAUUACAGUCCGCAGAAGGUCGAAUCUUUAACAGGCGGCCACUCAAUGCUCAGCCAACACCAUUCGAGAGAAAGCUUCUGGCCUCGGCAAAAGAGAACAAAGUCACACAAAGGGUAGAACAGAAGAUCGAACAGAGGGUACAGCAAAAGGUGGAAAGACAAGGGAAGGCGUCACAUGAAGCGUUGGAGGACAUACGACAAUGGCAACGGCAUUACAAGAGGUCUUUUCCGACCUUCGUGUUCUACUUCGAGAGCCUGCCUGAAGAAGUUCGAGUGAAAUGCUCAAAAUGGAUUCGGUCACUUGGAGCAAGAGAGGAGAAGUUUUUCUCAAAGGAGGUGACCCAUAUUGUUACUACACGACCCAUCCCCAGCGAUCACGAUCUCAAGGAUGGAACCGACCUCACUACCCUAUCAUCUACGUCUACAAGUUCACAGACCACCACUCAGCCACGCACGAUAAACCCAUCUUUGUUGGACCGUCAAAACGAGUUUCGAGGACAGCCGUUGCAACGAAACAAGUUUACGUUUGAAGCGGCUACAAGCAAGAAGACAGGCUUCAAUGGCAUCAACGAUGCGGUCGAGCCACGAAAGGCCAACUCCAGUAACACGGAUGUAUUGCUAAAAGCAAAAGAGAUGGGAAUAAAGCUAUGGCAGCUGGAGAAGUUGUCCCGAGUGGUCAACUCGAUGUUCGAUGUCCCCAAUGAGACCCAGGUCCAAAUUGGCAACGCGGCGCGCUCGAAAGGAGUCAACACUGCAGCCAGAGGCGAAAGGGAGCCUGAUUUGUCUCGUAUGCUCCGAAACGAGCGGCUCAAUGGCCCAUCGGAUCGCGACCCCACUGUUGCGUUGAGCGAGGUCAUACCAUUUAAAGGCCCUUUCAUCUACAUUCGAGACAUCGAUGAGAGAACAAAGCCAAUCAUGGUAAAAGAUUACCCCAGGCCGACCACCCAGGAAGAAGGAGAAUGGCCUCAAUUCCGAUCGGCGCGUCAUGGAAGAUGCCCCUUUAUCGAAGACCAAAAUCGACAGGAAUUCGAGGUCGAAAACAGGGCGAGAGCUGGAGAGCAGGCACUUGCGAGAGCGGAGACUCGGACGGCUCCGCGCACUCGUGCUGCAACCAUUCGAGAGGACGCUGAUGCCGAUGCGGCAAUGGCUGCUUCCCAAAAGCGACCUCUUGAAGAAAAAAGGAAGAUACCAAACACUUUCAUUCCGCCGCCAGCAAGAAUGCCGAAAAUGCCGACUCACGACUUUUGCCCACCUCCCAUAGAAACCCGGAGCCCCACUAAGGCAGCAAGGGAUACGAUCUCCAAUGCUGGCCCCAGACUCUUCGGGGGCGAGCCGGCAGCUUCAGGUUUACAGCAAUCAAACAUCACUUCUGCAAUCCGUUCUCAAAUGAUCUCCUCCACUGCAGCUGCCCCCGGCGCGAAGGCUGGCACAAGCAAGGAGGUCCAUGGGCUGAAAAGAAAAGUCUUAGAAAAGAACACUAGACCGCCUCUUAAUAGUAUUCAGACACGGCAAAGAAAUAUCGACCCGGCAGGUACAGCGCGAGCCGAGAAGAACAUUCCCAUGGCUAGACAGAAUCGGAGACAGGUCCCAGAAACUCUAAUACACAUCGACGAAGAAUCUACGCAAUCAGAAGAGGACGAGGAUGUUUGGUUGGCUGAGGAUCAACGGAGGAAAGAAAAGCAAAUGAGGAAGGCGAUGAAGGAGAAGGAGCUGAAAGGGAAGGACUUGAAAGAGGGAUAUUGUGAGAAUUGCCGCAAGAAGUAUGAUCACUUUGAUGAUCACAUUAUGUCAAAUCAGCACCGGAAAUUCGCUCUCACAGACGCCAAUUGGACAGAUCUCGACAAGCUUCUCGCCCAGUUGGGCCGACGUCUCAAGGAGCCAAAUUCCGACGGCUUUUGA